GAUCUUUAUACGCUGACUGUGGAGUUCGGAGCCUCCAGAGAAUUUUUUGGACGGAUGGUGAAAAUCAUCAACAAUUAUACGGAUGGUCUGCUCUCACUGCUGUUAAGCUACCAUUGUUCACGAAAUGCUCUUCGGCGUUCAUAUCCUAUCCAGCCGAAGAUAUAUGACGUCUGCCGCAAUGGCUGCAAGAUGUAUCAGGCUGGUGAGGACAGUCUUGCGUGUACGCACUGUCAGGAACCCCGGUUCAAAGCUGAUUUGUGCACUCCAGCAAUGACAAUGCAGCAAUUGUCCUUGAAAGAGCAGCUUGCACUUUUGAUCAGUGAUGAUUAAACGCAUAAUUUGCUUUGGUACAGAUCUAGCAGAGAGUCAUCGCCAUCCGUGAUGAAAGAUAUUUUUGAUGAAAAUGUAUACAAGGAGAUGAAGAACUUGAUGUUUGAAAACGAACUGGAUCUGGCGCUUGGACUGUAUACAGACGACUUUCAGCCGUUCAAG